GGAAGUUGCCUUUUAAAAAACAAAUGUUGUGAUUAAUUACAACGUAUUUAGUGGAUCUGAGAAGUAAAUUAACAUGAGGUUUCUGAACAGGAAACAGUAAAGGUGCGUACUUUCUUAAAUUUCUUAAAUAUAGUUUAGAUAGAGAGUCUUAAAAAACUUUAAAAAUCUUGAUAAGCAAAAUGAAUGAAAGAUUUAAAUUUGUUUUGACAUGAAUGUCCCUGGGCAAGGUGCAAAUAUUCCUGCUAACAUACUUUCUAACAACAAGCAGGAAGAAACGAUUGACUGACUGAAAGCCGAGAGAAUACUUUUUACUAUAUAAUGUGUAUCACUGCGUGAACUUAGUAAUGAUUUAUUGCUUAUAAAGUUAAGAAGGCAAAGACAUGGCUGUAUCAUCGCAAGCAAGACAUGGCAGAAGGAACAGCAUGGAUGAUCCUGUUUCGUUUGCAGGUGACUCCAGUAGCCCGUUGACUGAAGAGCAAUUAAAGUGUUCUAUCUGUCUGGAGGUGUUCACUGAUCCCAUCACCACUCCAUGUGGACACAGCUUCUGCAAGAGCUGCAUCAUACAAAGCUGGAAUACGACUCAAAACUGUUAUUGUCCAUAUUGCAAAGAGAAAUUCACCAAGAGACCUGAAGUGAAAAUUAAUGUAACACUGAGAGAUGUUGCGGAUCACUUCAAAAAGAAAACAGAUUCAGACAAGUCUCUGGUUCUUUGUGACUCCUGCACUGGAGUGAAACAAAAAGCCAUAAAAUCCUGUCUGGAUUGCGGUGUGACCUUCUGUGAGUCUCAUUUAGAGCCUCAUAAUAUUGCUCUAAAUUACAAGAAACACAAACUAAUAAAUGCAGUGAAGAACCUGGAGAGAUACAUCUGUCAGAAGCAUAAGAGACCUCUGGAGCUGUUCUGUAGAGACGAUCAGGAGUGUGUGUGUCAGUUCUGCACUGAGGGAGAUCACAAGAAUCACAAAGUUAUACCUUUAGAGGAGGAGAGUGGACAGAGGAAGAGUCAGGUGGGGAAAACACAGAUGGAGCUGCAGCAGAUGAUCCAGGAGCGACAGAAGAAGAUGCAAGAGAUGAAUCACUCAGUAGAGCUUAGCAAAAGAAAGACAGAGAAAGAGAAAUCAGACAGUGUUAAAGUUCUCACCUCUCUGAUUCGCUUCAUUGAGAGGAGUCAGGCUGAGCGGCUGGAGAUGAUGGAGGAGAAGCAGAAAGCAGCAGAGAAGCAGGCUGAUGGACUCAUUAAAGAGCUGCAACAGGAAAUCACUGAUCUAGAGACGAAAUACACUGAGCUGGAGCAGCUCUCACACACUGACGACCAUCUCCACUUCCUACAGAGUUACUCAUCACUGUGCCGCGCUUCACACACCAGGAACUGGUCUGAGAUCAGGAUUAACACUGAACUAGAUGUGGAUGACACUAUGAGGACGGCUCUGUCUCAGCUUCAAGAGACUCUUAAUGAGGAACUCAGUAGAAUGCUCAAUGAGAACCUGAAGGAAACAGUUGUCCCUGAAGAGUUGAAGUGGAUUCAACAAUAUGCAGUGGAUGUGACUCUGGAUCCUGAUACAGCAUCUCCUUACCUCAUUCUGUCUGAUGAUGGAAAACAAGUGACUUACACAGACACAAAACAGAAUCUCUCAGACACUCCAAAAAGAUUCAGUAAAUAUUCAGUGAUUCUGGGAAAGCAGGGUUUCUCCUCUGGGAGGUUUUACUAUGAGGUGCAGGUCAGCGGUAAGACCAAGUGGGAUUUAGGAGUGGUCUGUGAGUCUGUUAACAGGAAGGGGAAGAUUGAGACUUUUAAACCUCAGAAUGGAUUCUGGACCCUGAUUCUAAGGAAGGGGAAUGAGUAUACAGCUCGUGAUGAUCCCUGGAUCCCCCUCCCCCUGAGUGAGAAGCUCCAGAAGAUUGGAGUGUUUGUGGAUUAUGAGGAGGGUCUGGUCUCCUUUUAUGAUGUUGAAACCAGUUCUCUUAUCUACUCUUUCACUGGUCAGUCUUUCACUGAGAAACUCUAUCCAUUCUUCAGUCCUUGUUCGAAUGAUGGAGGUAAAAACUCAUCACCACUCGUCAUCUGUCGUGUGUCAGACUGAAUAAAUUCUCGCCUAAAACAACUGUAUGAAAUGAACAGAAUGAAAGACACUGGAAUUCAUUCAUUAUUUUUUAAGGUUUCAAAAUGAGCAAAACCAAACUAAGCAAUUUCUAAGAAAUUUCUUAAACUAAGGAAUUUCUAAAAACUAAAGAACCACUUAGGUUUGGUUAUUAUAUAAAUGCUAUGUUUAAAAAAAACUGAUACUGAUUCCCUUAUUUUGUUUUUAGAAGAAUGUGAUGAUCAAGAACUCACUACAGUUUGUAAAACAGGAAAAUGUCUGUGUGGUACAAAUUAGUAAGAGGUGCUAUAAUGGCAUAUGUAAUCAGUAUCCAAUCAUGCUUUUUAUGUUUUGAUCAUAAAUUAUACUUGAGUGUGGAAAUAUUAACUCAGAUGGUUUGUGAAGUUCUCUGGUGUCACUCUGACCGUGUCUCUGGAGGGAGCUACUGCCCAGGGGGUGAUGGUGGAGAGAUUAAAAUAUUUACUUGUGCGCAUUGAGUGGUUUGUUCAUGAUUUA